AUGUUGAUCAGCCGCCUCCUCCUCCUCCUCCGAUUUCUGAGUGCCCUCUCCCCUGCGGUUGCUCCUAUCCUCGCCGCCGGCUGGUACCCGCCCGUGUCCACCUCUCUGCCUGUCAUCUUUGCUAUCGCCGCGGGCGUUCUUUCGACGUCUGCUUCUGUCGUCGCGUGCAUUGCACUGGUGAGGCGCCGCACUCGCCUUGACACCUUCUUUGAAGGCAAAGGAGUGUAUCUGGAGACUCUCCAGGUCGCCGAGCGCGGGUGUGCAACCCCUUUCCAAUCGGCCAAGCAAAACAUUGAGGUAUGUCACCGCGCGCGGUGGACGCCUGAUGAGGUACCCGGGUGGGGCCACGACAGACGCUAUCGCCCUCCAGUUGCCGGUGGAGACAUUAGGGACCAAUCGCCUGCCGCCAAGGCCGGUGCGGAGACUGCUGCCAAACUUCUCCAGCGCUUCGCCGAAAACUACAGCAACCCUGGCAAACCCUGGCAAGACCCCCGUUUACAGCUGCCGCGGAGGCAAGGUCAUUACCGACAAGCCGCUGAUCCGCUGACCUGGCAGGCCAGGCUCGGCCGCCGUCUUUGA